CUUGCGGUUUGUCGCACAUUAUGAAACAUGUUAAUUUGAGGAAUCCCUCAAAAUGAAACCAAAUUCUGUUUUUUAUAAACAACUAACUCUUAGUUAAGGUUGACUAAUACGGUGAAGAAAAGGUUAAAGAAACAAAUAAAACACUGUUUCUCCUGUGCUUAACCUACUUUAGACUGCAGUGGAGUGGACUUCAUUAGUUUCUUCCACCAGAUGGAGUUAGUGACUUGUAUCAUAAUUAUUUUCUGAGAGGAUGUCAUGAGCUGUAUUUCCUGGAUUAGCCAUUCUCCAUUCAAGCCUGUCACCAACAACAACUUAUCACUGUGCUGUUGCUCAUUUUGAUUAAAAAUGACCCACCCAACGGAUAAUAUUUUCCAUCCUGGACAAAAAAGUGUCCGGGGCCUACACACCCAGGAGAGCGGCGAGGAUGGCCUCUCCUCCAACAUGGAGCACAAGUUCAGUGAUGUGAAUUAUGCUGAAAGUGCUUUGUCUGUACCAGUUAAAGUCGUUAGCUGUGUGAGACCCAUUCCUAAAGAGGAAUUAGACAUCUUUGAUGCGACGCCAGGAAAGGUCUUGCCACAUCCAUUAGGGUGUCACCCUGUGUCUGCUGAGGAGCGGGUAAAUAAACCGUCCACUCUAGUUGUGGUUCAAAAACAAAAUUUUCCACCACAAGCCUUGUCAGAGAACAACCCGGAAGAGGAAACCGUUAUGGUUUUGCCGGGAACAGCAGCCAUUUCAGAGGGGCAGCCAGAUGUAGAGGUAGUAGCAGAAGGAAGCUGCAACAAGAUGGACACCGGGGAAAUACCUCUUGCAAAACCAAAAGGUCAACCACUGGGAUGGAGAAACAGCAGCCGCAGGAAAAGAGCUGCUGGGAAGUACCGAAAACUGUACCUUCUAUGUAUGAUGGCAGUCAUGCUGCUUCCUGUCUCUGAGGGCUUGCCUGGUGCUCAGCCUGCAGCAGACCUUUUUGCAGACCAAAAUCUUAAGUGUUUUACCUGCAUGGACAAGGCCAGAUGCCCUAAGUUGAUGAAAAUAUUCAACAAGGAUGACUUUCUUCUGUACGAUAAAGACCUCAAUGACACGUUUCCAGAAUGCUCUGUGAUGCCUCCGCCUGGCUCUAAGAGUUGUGGCGUGUGCCUUGACCGUUCCGAGACCAACAUCUUCUGCUUUAAGGAUGUUCAAGGAAAACUGGACAUGGAAUCUAGCGAUGGACUACAAAUUCUCAACAUCUCUUCAGUCUGUGUGCCACAGCAGCAGACCCCCGACCGUACAUAUGUUUGGUUGAUCCUUGGCUUUGCAGCCUUCUUUGUGAUCGUGCUGGUAGCGCUGGUAGCGCUGGUAGCGCUGGUAGCGCUGGUGCUUUCCAGGAGCUGCCAGAGAGAGAGGAUUGAAAGUGGUCAGGAGUGAAGAACACUGAAGAAGACAGCAGUGUGCAGAGGCCGGUCUCUCGCCAGGCCAAGUUAUUUCCAUCUACUAACAUAGCUUUAGCCAUUUAUAAAUUAUGUUUGUGGGGCAUGUAUUGUUUUUAAUUGUAUACUCUUUGAGAGAAAUGCUGCUUUAGACUGAUAAUUUGCCUGCGACUUUUGAUUUUUUUUAUUAUUGAUUCAUCUGCUGUUGUUUUCUUGAUAAAUGCAUUUAUAAUAGUUAGUGAGCUUUCUGCAAAAAUUUGCUUCAUGCAUAUACUGUACUGUACCUGCUGUCUUAAUUAAAAGCUGCUAUAAACAACAUAUGGUUCCG